UUUAAAAUGUUGAAUAAACGAUUCAACUGUCGGCGCACUGUGGAUGGAGCUUUAUAAUAUUGUUAUUGGAGUUUUAUUCAACGGGGGGCAGAGCGGUCAAUAUCGCUUUCAGUAACGUUUGAGCCUUCGUCAAGCGAAUACUAUGGCUGAUAAAGUUGUAAAACUCGGUUGUAAUACAUUAGUCCGGCACUAUGCAACUGCUCAGGCUCCGACUAUACCAAAAUGCGAUUUUGUUCCGAAACAAUACACAGGACCAUCUUACCAAAAGACGGAUAAAUUGAAAGCUGAUCACCUGCCCUCAGUUCUUUACAAUAUCUACAAGCGGCCUAUGCUGAUAAACCAGGGUUACAAACAGUGGUUGUUCGACCACGAAGGCAGGAGGUACCUCGACCUCUUUGCAGGAAUCGUCACCGUCUCCGUGGGACAUUGUCACCCGAAGGUGGUUGGUGCGUUACAAGAACAAAUACAGACGCUGUGGCAUUGCACGAAUAUCUACCGUCAUCCGAAACUGUAUGAAUAUGUUGAGCAGCUCACAUCAAAAUUACCUGGAGACCUAAAGGUGGUCUACCUCGUGAACAGCGGUAGUGAAGCGAAUGACCUAGCAUCCAUUUUAGCAAAGGCCUACACCGGCAACCUUGAUGUGGUGUCACUGCAGAGCAGCUACCAUGGCUGCUCCUACGGCCUGAUGGGACUCACCGGCACCCAGUCCUAUAGGAUGAAACUUAAUAUACCUGCUGGUUACUACCACACCAUGUUACCCGACCCGUACCGCGGUAUCUGGGGAGGCUGUCGAGAUUCACUGUCGCAAGUGCCCGGUGCUUGCUCAUGUCCCGGCGACUGCGUUACCGCAGACAAAUAUGUUCACCAGCUCAGCGAGCUUCUUGAAAACUCGGUUCCCAAAGGACGUCUAGCAGCCUUGUUCGCGGAAUCCAUACAGGGCGUCAACGGCACCGUGCAGUUCCCGAAAGGUUACCUGAAGAAAGCCCACCAACUCGUCAAGAAGUAUGGAGGCUUAUAUAUAGCGGAUGAAGUUCAAACUGGCUUCGGCCGGACAGGCGACGCGUUCUGGGGUUUCCAAAACCACGGAGUGAUGCCAGACAUCGUGACCAUGGCCAAGGGGAUAGGGAACGGCUUCCCAAUGGCUGCCGUGGUCACCACGAAGGAAAUCGCCGCCGCGCACGCUGGCACGGCGUACGUCAACACUUUUGGCGGGAACCCCAUGGCUACCUCCGUUGGAAAGGCCGUUUUAGAUGUAAUCGAAGAGGAGCAGCUUCAGCAAAACUGCAAAGUAGUUGGAGCAUACUUCGUGGAACAACUGAUGCAGUUGCAGAAGAUUCACCCGAUAAUCGGUGAUGUGCGCGGAAAGGGUCUGAUGUUGGGGCUCGAGUUUGUCGUCCCUGGAACGAAAGACCCGCUCAGUGUGGCCGAUGUGAACAUCAUUUUUGAAGACAUGAAGGAUAUGGGUGUGCUUAUUGGACGCGGAGGGCGGUUUGGCAACGUGCUUAGAAUAAAACCUCCGAUGUGCAUCAACAAACAGGACGUGGACUUCGCCAUAUCUGUACUAGAUCAAGCUAUCAAAAAUUAUACAUCAUGUGUCUGAUUAAAUCAAGAAUGCUGUUUUGGAAGAUAUCAAAAUGACACAUCUAGGGAUUUACAAUAAAAAUAUUCGGUAUAAAAGAUACCGAUGUAAAUCAAUAAUAAUAAUCGAUAAAGAUUCUAUACCUAUGUUAAGUAAAGAUUUUAUUGUUAUGUGGUGCGGCAGUUUAAUUAUUAAGUCCAGAAGGAGACAUCUCAAACAGGCUAAAAUACUUAAAAUACAGGCUUUCUUUUUGCCAAGAGUGUGAAUAUAAUGUAUGUAGCCUUUAUAUAUAAAAGUAUACCUAAAGCCAUAAUAUAGAUUGCUCCUUAUUUUCUUACUGAAAUCGUUUCGUCUAAAAAAUGGUCACGGAAAUAUAUGGAAAUUGUGAUAUUGUCAACGGAAGAUUCAGUUCUUGAUUUUAUUUUGUAUAAGAUUUAGAAAAAUACACAUAAGGCACUCCGAAGCCGGUCAAUAUAAUUGCACGAUAAAAAUAAAGUGCAAUUAAUAUUUUAUUAGUAAACAUUUGCACAAUAUUGUAACAUUGCACAAUUAUACUGUACGAUCUAGGAACCGCCUCACACAAUUGUAAAUAAAUAUGAAAUGUAAUGGAAAUUAUGUUUAAACCUAUAUAAUCCUUGAGAUUAAAAAGUUUAUGAUUAUAAAUGUGUAUGGCGCUCCAUAGACGGUCAAUAUAUAGCGAAAUAUUACGAUAAAAACAGUGCAAUAAAAUGUUGCUUGCUAAGAAUCGUUGCGCAAUCUUCAGUUUGCACAAUAUCGUAAUAUUGCGCAAUUACAUUGAGAGGUCUAGGGACUGCCCAAUUUGUUACGCACAAGAUGCGACGUUUCAGCAGUCUUUUGUUUGUGUCAAAUUUGAAAUGCCAAAAUCGCAUUCCUAUGAUUGCCUAACUGUAAUGAGAAAUAAACAAAUCAACCAUUUUUUUAAAA